CCUACUAACAUCUUUCUUGCAUUCUUUCUUAAUCCAUCAGUCGAAAUUUCGCAUUCAAAGGAAUAUUUUGUGUCUUUAUAAGUGAAAGCCAAAUCUCGUCAUGAAAUUUCUGUUUUGUGUAACAGUCUUGUUGGGAACGAUAGCAGCCACAUCACCAGCGAAAAUUCCAUACAAAGUGAUCGAAGUCACUGGUAAAGAACUCGAGGGUCAUUCUUUUCUCAGACUGAUUACACCAAGUGGAAAGAUUUACCACUUCAGAGACGACGCUACAUUCGUGACCGAGCGUACUGAAGACGGCAAAGAUGAUUGGAAAAAAUUACCUUUCCUCACAUUUGGGCCACCAUACGGCAAGCAACACUACGUUCAGUUUCCAGCGAACGAGACUGGUUUUAAACUUUUUGAAGGCACAGACAAAUCGGGAAAAAGUCCCGUUGAUGGAGAGAUCAAAAUCCGAAGUUUUGCCGGACCGAACAGGAAAAGAUAUUCAGUGGCCUACUUCAACUAUCCUCUCAUUCAAGAAAUUCGUCGAACCGAGGACGACAUUGUCGACUAUUUGCAAAUAGUGCUCGAGUACAGAUCGCAGGUCUAUGCGUAUACCUUGUCGCAAAACGGAGACGACUUAUUUAAUGAAAAUUGCACCGACUCUACAUUCCUCACACUCGCUUUGCCCAAUGGAAAAGUUCACAAGAUUAAACAGUCCACACACACCACAGAUGAAGAAGAGACUGUUGCUGAUGUCAGUUCGCUGCCCUACAUAACAUUUUUCCAUGUGAAUGGUGCUAAGUAUGACAUUCGUUUUCCUCAGAAUGGAGGCAAUACUCCUCCUACCGUUGCGCGUGACACGUCUAGAGUCCGUGACACAUGUGCUGCAAGUAUUUUGGAUAAGUUUACCGGACCGGAUGGCAAAGAGUACAGAUUCGAUGUUAGGAAUAACGAACCGAUCCUCACAAAGUCAUCUGAAGAUGUUCUCGACAAGUUGAACGUGCACGUCUACAACCCUACCGGACAAUCCAUCUAUUACGAGUACACCAAGGAAGGCGAACUGAUCGCGCUAAAGAUGACAUCAAGUGCUAUCGGAGUGGAAAAUCGUCCAGCAACACCAUUCGAUGUGAAAGAUGUUGAACUGAGCUGCAUACAAAAUUGCGAAUAGACACAACAUUCACAUCUAUCAGCUGAGGACAUCAAACACUGUAUUGAGUGAACAUAAUUCUUAAGACGUUAAAUGUUUACUUCGAGAGAUGUGUUUUGUAACUUUCAUAAAAUAAAGAGAUUUUAAGCAUUCUAAUGA